UCUCUCUCUCUCUCUCUCUCUCCUUCCUUCCUUCGUCUCCACCGGAAGCCCUAGCCCCUUUCUUUCUUCUUCUUUCACCUCCGGCCGAGCCCUUCUCCCGUCCUUCCUCUCUCUUUGCUUCCCCCCCUCCUCUUCUCCCUCUCGCCGUGCCACCGUGGGGUGAGCCUCCUCCGGGAGAUGCUCCCACCUCGGAGCGGCAGAAGGGAAGGCCCUGGACCUCCUCCGAAGUGGUGCCGGAGGAGUCGAACGGGGUCCCCGAGGUGGGGCCGAGCCCCUGGGAGCUCCCCUGAGGAGGCCGACGCUUCCUCGGCCUGCAGCCGCUCCGGCGACUGCGGGCGAGGGGUGCCCUUCUCCAGGGUGGGAGCAGUGGGAGAGGGAGGGGCUAAACCUCCUCCGAAGUGAUGCCGGAGUGAGUUUUAGUCUCCGGGGACCUCCCUUACCCCGAUCCGACCACGGCGGAGGAGGAGAACCACCGUGACCGAGAAGGAGGCGCGAGAGACCCAGGGAAAGUAGAUCUCUCUGAGCUUUUAUCAGACAUGGAUGAUCAGAUUGCAAAGGCCAAAGAGCAAGCCCUUAGCAGGAAAGACAUUUUGGAGAAGGUGGAGAAAUGGGUGUUCGCAUCAGAGGAAGAGAAAUGGCUUGAUGACCAUGAGAGGGAUCAAAAUCGUUAUAAUGCUUGUCGAGGAGCAUAUAAGAAUCUGAAGCACGCAGAAAAAGCUCGGGUACUUGUUAGCAAAAUACCCUCCUUGAUAGAGAACCUCUCUGCAAAAAAUAAAAGCCUGGGAAAAGGAAAAAGGAAUCCCGUUCAUGUAUGACAAGGUAAGAUUGCUAGAGACCUUGGAAGAACAUACUGUGCUCAGGCAUCAGAGAGAGGAGGAGAAGCGGCGAAUAUGGGAACAAAAGAGACUGCGGGAGCAGUUUGCUGCCAAGCACGAAGCACUAUUUGGGAGUAAGCCCAGCCCAAUGCAGCAGGUAACAGGGAAGAAGCCUUUGGGUCAGAGCUCCAACGCGAACAUGGUAACUGGGACAUUGACUUCUCGUUGUGUCUCAACACCUUGGCUCGGCUACCCUUAUACACACAGGCCCCAACCGUUGAGCAAUUCUAUGAAGAAACCUGGACCCUCCCAAUUUAGCUCAUUUGAGAAGAAAACAAAGAAUAGUACAUCUCUGACAAAAGGAAGGAAGCCGUUCAAUGCUACAAGUCCUAGCACCAAAUCUAUCAAGAGCAAGCUCCCCGAUUUGAAGACUCCUCUAGCCCUCAAAACGAUCAAAAGCAAGGAGGAAUAUACAAAUGGGAAUUUUUGGAAUGGACCCUAGGGUCGAUCUCCCUCGAAUGAUUUACGGCGGCACCACAUCCACCAUGCUGAAGAUGGUAUCUCCUCCAAUCCAAGAAACCCUAGAGAGGAGGACGAAGGCAUUCAAAUUUACUAUUUGGCUCUUCAAGGCUAUUAAUCAAGCCAAAUCCGCUCGAAUAGCUCGGCCUAACUCUAGCCAAAGCGCCAUCCUUUCUGGCUAAACCAUCUUCGAACCCUGUCUCACCCACCCUCCUAUGCCACCCGGGUUCAUGCAUGGAGAUUCCCCAUUAUAUACUCCUAUUGAAAAAUGCUUUUUAUGUACUCAAUCAAGAGCCACAGACAUAGUAUGAUAAAAUAGCUAGAACUUGGCCCCUUUGGUACUGGUGUUAUGCUGCCUCAAAUGCCAAUGCUAAACCAUUCAGUAAUGAGACAAAUUUGGUAUAAAAUAUUGUCAUAUGUGGAUGAUAUGACAAUUAUAGGAGACAAUAAGCAAGAAGUUGGUAGGUUAAAAGAUACACAUGCAAU